UACUGAAUAGUUUUAUUUGUGUUGUAGAAUAAUCAACCAUGACUACAGAAUCUGGAUCAGAUUCUGAAUCAAAGGAUCAGGAUCAAGAGCAGAAAGAAGCUUCGGGUCAACAAGGAUCGGGUGGGACAGGGGCCCAAGGACAGCAGCAGCAACAGCAACAGCAACAGCAACUGAGUGAAGAGCACCAUAAUGCAUUAGAACAAUUUUCUGGUGUUGCAGCUCACAGCACCCCUGUCAAAAAGGAACCGGGCAGUGACAAAGAACGUGAAUUUGCUGCUGCAGCAGCAAAACAACUGGAAUACCAGCAGUUUGAAGACGACAAGCUCUCUCAGAAAUCAUCCUCAAGCAAGCUUUCCAGAUCUCCUCUAAAGAUUGUCAAAAACUGAAAAAUAUGCAGUGCA